AUGGGGAAAGACCAAGCUUUUGAGGAGGCAGCCAAAAGACUUAAAAUGGAUGAGGAGGAUAGAAAGAAAAUGGUUCCUGAUUUAAGGAAAAAGUCUCGCCGAGAUUAUGUCAAAAAACGGCGGGUGGACAAGCUUGAAAUGCUUAAAGAGGACAUUCUUGAUGAUGAAUACUUGUUUGAAGAUGCUCAGAUUUCAAAAAGAGAGAAACAGGAUCAAGAAUAUAAGAAAAAGGUUUACCAUUUAGCAGUAGAGCAUGCCAAGGCUGGAGAAUUGGAAAAAGUACAGAGAUAUGAAAUGCCACAGGAAAAUCAGAAGCCUGCCAGAUAUGAUGAAACCACAGUGGAAGAACUGGGACCUAAUUAUGAGCAGAAGAAAUGGGAGGAGGACAAGCUUGGUUAUGCUGUCAUGAAAUUUAUUGCCAAAGAUGCAUGGGACAAGAACAAGAAUAAGGAUUAUGAUCUUGUUGUGGAUGAAGAUCAGAUUAAUUUUGUAAUGGCUGAACAGAUUCCUGGGAUAAAAGAGAGGCAGGAACCAGAAAUGAAUGACUAUCAGAAGAAAAGAUUAACAAUUGAAGAGGUGGCAAAAAGUUUGUCAAUANNNCCAUAUAGAGAGAGCCUUAUCCAAGCCAUCAGAGAUCAUCAGGUUAUUAUUAUCGAAGGAGAGACAGGCUCAGGAAAGACCACUCAAAUUCCACAAUACCUUCAUGAAGCAGGUUUUACCAAGGGUAAGAUGAAAAUUGGGUGUACUCAGCCUCGACGAGUUGCAGCAAUGAGCGUCGCAGCAAGAGUAUCUGAAGAGAUGGGUACAAAACUAGGAAAUGAGGUUGGAUACAGUAUCCGUUUCGAAGAUUGCUGUUCAGAGCGAACCAUAAUAAAGUACAUGACUGAUGGAAUGUUGCUGCGUGAGUUCUUGGGUGAACCGGAUCUAGCUGGAUACAGUGUUCUGAUUAUUGACGAAGCUCACGAACGAACCCUUCAUACUGAUGUGCUAUUUGGCUUGGUCAAGGACAUUGCUCGAUUCCGAAAAGAUCUUAAACUUCUGAUAUCCAGUGCGACUUUGGAUGCUGACAAGUUUUCACAGUUCUUUGAGGAUGCGCCCAUCUUUAGAAUUCCUGGUCGAAGAUUUCCCGUGAAUAUUUAUUACACAAAGUCUCCAGAAGCUGAUUAUCUUGAAGCCACGGUGGUGACUGUGUUACAGAUACACGUGACCCAACCCCCAGGGGACAUCCUGGUUUUUUUUACUGGCUAGGAGGAAAUCGAAAGGUCACAGGAGUUGUUACAAGAACGCACGCGCCAACUGGGCUCCAAAAUCAAUGAGCUAACCAUUCUUCCCAUCUACUCUAAUCUUCCAUCGGAUUUGCAAGCGAAGAUAUUUGAGCCCACUCCUCCUGGGGGAAGAAAAGUUGUUUUAGCCACCAAUAUCGCCGAGACGUCGCUAACCAUUGAUGGUAUUAUAUAUGUUAUUGAUCCUGGAUUUUGUAAACAGAAGAGUUACAACCCACGCACAGGAAUGGAGUCACUAGUGGUGACACCCAUUUCAAAAGCAUCAGCCAAUCAAAGAGCAGGUCGUGCGGGUCGCGUGGCAGCAGGCAACUGUUUCAGAUUGUACACAGCAUGGGCGUACAAGAACGAACUGGAGGAGAACACCAUCCCCGAGAUCCAGAGAAGUAACUUGGGAAAUGUAGUUCUACUUCUGAAGAGCCUGGGUAUCAACGAUUUGAUUCAUUUUGAUUUCAUGGAUCCCCCUCCGGCUGAGACCUUUAUCAUUGCCCUCGAGCAGCUGUACGCUCUGGGAGGACUGAACCAUCACGGAGAACUCACAAAGCUUGGACGUCGCAUGGCGGAAUUUUCUGUGUCAAAAGAACCCAAGAUCGAUUUUCAUUUUCAAUUGUCUUUCAGGUACAAGUGCGUCGAACAGAUUCUUACCAUCACUGCCAUGUUAUCGGUGAACAACGCCAUUUUCUAUCGCCCCAAGGAUAAAGUCGUACAUGCGGACAACGCGCGCGUAAACUUCUUUCGUCCAGGAGGUGAUCACCUGACAUUGUUGAACGUGUACGAUCAGUGGGUGGAGACUGGGUACCUCACUCAAUGGUGCUAUGAGAAUUUCAUACAGCAUCGCUCUAUGAAGAGAGCGCGUGACGUUAGGGAACAGCUAGAGGGACUGAUGGAGAGAGUAGAGAUUGAAAUUUCGUCGAACCCAAAUGAUUCUGUUCCUAUCAGAAAGGCGAUCACAUCAGGUUACUUUUAUCACACUGCCAGGCUAGGCAAGAGUGGCCAGUACAGGACAGUAAAACAUCAGCAGACAGUCAUGAUUCACCCGAACAGCAGUCUUUUCCAGGACCAGCCCAGAUGGGUGAUCUACCACGAGCUUGUGUUCACUACAAAGGAGUUCACGAGACAGAUCAUAGAGAUUGAAAACAAAUGGCUGUUGGAGGUAGCACCUCACUAUUACAAAGCCAAGGAGCUAGAAGACAGCUCCAGUAAGAAAAUGCCCAAGACGGCUGGAGUCACAAGAGAGCAAGCUAGGUCGACGACGUGAAUUUGGGUUGCAUGACGAGUAACAUGUUGUGUCACGCUAGCAUCGAUUUAGUUCUGGCUUGAGUCGAACCCUGGACUUGUUAAUUACUGUAUUGGAUUAAAGACGAUCU